CAUUCUUCGGUCACAAGCGUUACUCAGUGGUAUUCCUCAUGAAUUAGAACGAAGAACUCCCUCUCUCUUUUCCAUUCUGUUCCUCUUUUUGCUCAUAUAAUCAUAUUUAUCCCUUUGUCCGAUUUGUUCUCUUUCCUUCCGAGGAAUAUCGAGGAAAAGUGAUGGCAGUAGUAGCUAGUAACCAGUACUAUACACAAGGCUCUAUAUCCUGUAAUGGGCCCUAGAAGAGCCUUUGUCCGAUAUCGGGCUGGCCCUCCAAGGCGCAAAGCCCCCCCUCCCCAAACAAGGUCAACGGAGCGCGUGCGGUCUCCGACUCCGACCACGCUGGGGAUGCAGAGAAGCAAAUCUCAAAUCUCCUCGUAUCUCCCUCUGUUGGGCACUGUCGCAGUGUCGUGUUCGUAGACAUCACCCAUCAUCAUCGCCACCAAUGUCAACAUUGCCUCUCCAACUCACCAACUCCGACUCCGACUCCACUGUCAUAUCAUCCAAUCUAAACUAAACCCCCCAUCAUCCAUCGCCAAGAACCUCCAGAUCAAGACACUUUUCCCUCUCUCCCCCCUCCGGCCGAUCCAUCCACACCCCAAUUCGAAUGGCGGCCUUCCUAUACCACCUGUUCUCCUCCUCCUCCCUCCUCUCCCUCGGCCUCUACCACUCGGUCUCCGCCACCCGCGCCCACCUGAAAUCCCCCUCCACCUACGCCGCCAAGCCCUACCACCCCCUCCCGGCCUCCGCCCACCCCCGCCUCCGCCCCCUCCAGCUCUACCUCGCCCUCCUCUGCCUCCUCGUCGCCUUCUGCCACCAGGCCAUCUCCUCCUCCGAUUCCGACCCCCUCCUCAAGGGCUCCACCCCCGUCCACCGCUUCUCCUCCCUCCAGUCCGCCUCCGUCCUCCUCCUCUUCCUCCUCCUCUCCCUCUCCCUCCUCCUCUCCGACCUCCUCCCCUCCCUCCUCCCCCUCCCCCACGACCUCUUCUUCGCCCUCGCCUCCGCCGCCUUCUUCCUCCAGUCCUCCUCCUCCUCCUCCGCCGCCUCCUUCCAGAUCUCCGACCUCCAGGCCAAGUGCGACUCCGUCUCCGCCCUAGUCUCCGCCCUUUCCUCCCUCCUCUGCCUCGCCCUCGCCUGCUCCCCUCGCCUCUUUGUGGCCGACGUCGCCCUCGGGGCUUCCAUCUGCCUCCAGGGCCUCUGGUCACUGCAGACCGGGCUCUCGCUCUAUGUCGAGGCUUUUAUCCCCGAAGGAUGUCAUAAGCUGCUCGAUGUGGUCAAUGGGGUGGAGGGAUCUACCAAGUGCGAUUUGGAGGAAUCGAGGUUGAGGGCCGUGGCCAUUCUUGAUCUGGUGUUUGUGGUUCAUGUCAUGUUCGUGGUGGUCAUUGUGAUAGUUGUUUACGCUGCUGUGGCUAAGAGCGUAGGUGUGAGGAGGAUGGGGUCUUAUGAAGCAUUGCCUACUACUGGGGAUAGAGACGCGAAUAAUCAUAUUCAGAUGAAGGCAUUGACCGGCACGCAGGCUUGACUUGAUCUCCUUUUCUCUCUUUUUUUUUUUAGCAUUGUUUGUAUGAGUGACGAGCUGAAAUGAAAUCCGACCCCUUUUCUUUCAAUUCAGAUUUUGAAAACACUGUAAACCUCUUAGAGUUAGAGGAGGGUUUCUCUUGUACACAGACUUGGCUUUUACCUCGAGCCAUCGCUAUGGUACUGGCAGUUGAUUUUUGGUCUC